UCGUGGACAAAAUCCGAUUAGGUUGAAGAAAUAUCUCACAAAUUGCAAAUAUGUUCUGAUCGACGUCAUUCUGGCUGGUGAUUUUAUUUUAUUUCUUUUUUUGUUUUUUUCCUGCUUCCAAAGUCCCCCCAUUCAUGACAGACUGUUUGCACUCCCUUUUUGCUUCUGUUCUUGUGUAGCGAGCGGUCUUCUCCGAGGCCCGAGCGUUGCCUGCCCGCUGGACGCCUGAUCUGUGGGAGGAGUAAUCAGACUGGCCUCCCACCAAAACCUCAAAUGAGGGAUUAUUGUUGCCAUGGGAACAAGGCUGCAGAUGACUCUUCUGGACUCAAUUAAGAUCCAUGAAUCUGGAUGGAACGAUUCAACGGAAGAAAAUAUGAAGUGGAUCCGUCUUGGCAAUAAUGGAGGCGUGUCGCUAAAAUUUUUUUUUUUUUUUUUUUGCGUUUCAUUCCGAAAAGGUUUUUUGAUGGAGGGUCAACGUGAAGGCUCUCCUCACAUUGUUUGGCACGAAACUCAUGAACACGCGCUGGCUUUGCCUCAAACCGCCGCCACCUCGUCGGAAGAAUCCCCUUUCGCAUCUCGCAUGUUGGCUCCAAAGGGACUCUGUGACCGAUUCAGAUUCAUAAACGCACACAGUUUAUAAUCUCAUAAUCUGCCAUGACCGCUAAUCCCUCUCACGAAGCUCACCUUCCUCAAACGGUAAUCCACUUGAAGGGAGAGACAUCUCGAACCGUCAGCGGAGAACCCGUAUCACCAAAAAUACAUCCAUCCAUCCAUUUUCCUAACCGCUUGAUCCUCACUAGGGUCGCGGGGGGUGCCGGAGCCUAUCCCAGCUGUCUCCGGGCAGUAGGCGGGGGACGCCCUGAAUCAGUUGCCAGCCAAUUGCAGGGCAUACAGAGACAAAUAACCAUCCACGCUCACACUCACACCUAGGGACAAUUUAGAGUGUUUAAUCAGCCUUCCAUGCAUAUUUUUGGAAUGUGGGAGGAAACCGGAGCACCCGGAGAAAACCCACGCAGGCCCGGGGAGAACAUGCAAACUCCACACAGGGAGGCCGGAGCUGGAAUCGAACUCGGUACCUCUGCACUGUGAAGCCGACGUGCUAACCACUGGACUACCGGGCCACUGCCCCAAAAAUACAUUUCUAAACCAAAAGACAGAGUUGAGUUUUCCCCUUUCCAGAGUCGAAGGCGCUUUCCCACUUCCCACUUCCCAGCUCCAUUGUCAGUGAAUGAAUGAAGGCCAUCUUGAAGUCCUCCGGGUCUUCUCGGUUUGUUCUCCUUAAAAACCCCACCAGAGUGGAAACAUUGACCCGAUCCAGGUCAUGCAAGCCAGAAACCGUCCGAUGUUGAAUCCGUUUCAUCGUGUCAAACAACAUACCAGACGAGGAACGUCUAAAGAGCUCGCACUCGGCCCGUGGCACGGAACCAGACAGGAGGCGGCGGCGGCGGCGGUCAGGAGCCUCCGCUGCUGUCCAAGGAGGGAUGAGCAACUUCAACGGGAGGGUUCCGACGAGGGGCUCGAGCCAAGUUCGCAGCCGCUUCGUCAAGAAGAACGGCCAAUGCAACGUGGUCUUCACCAACAUGGAGGAGAAGAGGCGGCGCUACCUGGCCGACAUCUUCACCACCUGCGUGGACAUCCGCUGGAGAUACCUGCUGUCGCUAUUCUGCGCCAGCUUCAUCAUCUCCUGGUUGUUCUUCGCCAUCAUCUUUUACGGCGUCUCCCUCUCCCACGGGGACUUUGAGGAGCGGCCGGCGGCCGGCGGGCCGCGCUCGCCCGACUCGGCGCGCGCGGCGGCGGUGGCGGGCCAGGCCAAGAGGAUGCCUUGCAUCCUCCACCUGCGGGGAUUCGUGGGCGCCCUCUUGUUUUCCAUGGAGACGCAGACCACCAUCGGCUACGGCUGGCGCUGCGUGACCGAGGAGUGCCCCCUGGCCGUGGUCACGGUGGUGGUUCAAUCCAUCGCCGGCUGCAUCAUCGACUCCUUCAUGAUCGGCACCAUUAUGGCCAAGAUGGCGCGGCCAAAGAAACGAAACCAGACGCUGGUGUUCUCCAAAAACGCCGUCGUCGCCCUUCGCGACGGCAAGCUGUGCCUCAUGUGGAGGGUGGGGAACCUGCGCAAGAGCCACAUCGUGGAGGCUCACGUCCGGGCGCAGCUGAUACGCUCCUACGUCACGGCCGAAGGAGAAUUCGUCCCGCUGGAGCAGACGGACCUCAACGUGGGCUACGACGAAGGCACGGACAGGUUGUUUCUGGUCUCGCCGCUGGUGAUCGUCCACCAGAUCGACAAGGACAGCCCCUUGUACGCCGUGAGCCCGGCGGAUCUGGAGACGGAUGAAUUUGAGAUCGUCGUGAUCCUCGAGGGGAUGGUGGAGGCCACGGCCAUGACCACCCAGUUCCGCAGCUCAUACCUUUCCAGGGAGAUCUUCUGGGGCCACAGGUUCGAGCCCGUCAUCUACGAGGACCGCAACUGCUACAAGGUCGACUACGCGCGCUUCGACAAGACUUACGAGGUGCCGUCCACGCCCCACUUCAGCGCCAAAGAGCUCGAGCGGACGUCCUCUGCGGUUUCGGUCAGCACCUUCUGCUAUGAGAACGAGGUCGCGCUGAGCUGCGGGGAAGAAGAAGAAGAAGAUGACGAUGACAUCUUUGACUCUUCUCACCUCGUCGUGAAGGAAAGAGCGGAGGAGAGAAGGACUUCGGUGGACUUCCAGAACACGUUUAAAGACACGGCCGCCGUGACAUCUGUGAGCCGCAAUGUCAUGUGCGUUCUCGACAUGGACAAUAACCAGAUAGAGUUUGACAUCCUACAGGCGGCCAUUCCGCUUGAUCCGGUGACGUAUAAGAACGAGCCGGAGAUUUGAAGAGCACGGCGAAGUCGUACAUUUAAUACCGUCUUGCAGUUUGCCAUUUGAUAUACGGCGGAGGAAUCAUUAAAAAAAAGUCAAAGUGCGCAAUCUUGCUUAUGGCGGUUUUAUUUUAUUUUCAAGUUUUCUGCAACAUUGAGCUUGUAAUCACUUUGCACUUACUCAUUUCUUCUUUUUUUUUUUUUAACGUAUGUCUGGUUCAAAUGUGGAUUUGGGAGGAAUCGUACACUGGAAAAAAAAACAUGCCUGCUUCCAUUGCAUUUCCUGAAUUCGAACACGUGCUGUUGGUUCCGCAUGAUUCAAAUGUGUUCAACUAACCUACCGGUAUAUCGUUUGAAUAUUUGGGAGCUUAGAGGAAAGAAAAUUACAUUUUAAAUCAUAUCAAACCGAAAAUUAAGUACGGUAUUCUUUUUUUUUCGUGUCUGUGCUAAUGAGCAACAAUUACGCGUCACUCACUGACAACUAACAUUACAUUCACGUGAAAAAGUAUUGUUGUUUAUUUUGGUAGUGCCGAAGUAGGUUUAAAAAAAACACUUUCCACGUGCAAAUCGAAACACACACACACACACACGAUGUGCAUGUUUUGAGGGUUUUCAAUUUCAACAUUCAUUGGGGUGAGAUGAAGAGAAAUGGUACAUAUCGCUGUAAUGUGUUUUCUUCCCAGCUUUCUACAUUUUCCAAACACACACAAAUAAUUUAUUUUAAAUGUAAGCGGCAUUUUUAUUAAAAAAAACCCCACUGCACUUUAAUAUUUGAUGUUGAACUUAAAAUGUCAGAAAUAAAUCUUUGAAUUGUC